ACGAACAAAAAAAAUAUUUUACCUUAACAGAACUAACAGCUUCUAUUUCGGCUUCAGCGGUUUUUGUUUCUGAAGGAAUGCAUCGUGGAUGGUCUGCCCCCGCAUACCCAAAACUUUCCUCGAGUGGUAUAACCAACAACGAUAUAAUGUGGCUGGAAGCAAUUUAUUUUCUUGGUGAACUGAUUUCAAUCCCCUUUGCUGCAUACAUGGUGGAUAGAAUAGGUCGCAAAACAACAAUUUUGCUAAACACGGCAGUCGGUUUAAUUGCUUGGACGAUAAUUGCUUUAAGUAGUCGAGUGGUACCAUUUUAUGUGGCUCGCUUUUUGGCCGGAGCCACAGGUAACAUCAGUAUGGUAUCAGUUUCCAUCUACAUAUCAGAAACGGCAAAUCCGACAAGUAGAAGCUGGUUUUUGGGGGUUAUAUGUUUUGCGCAAAAUUUAGGUACUUUGAUGGUUUAUGGGUUGGUUCCGUAUUUUCCGUUCUACGUUCCGUCGAUCCUAGCGAAUGUUGUUUUGGUGUGUCAGUUGGUGGUUUUUAAUUUCAUGCCAGAGUCACCGUACUACCACGUUUUAACCAAACGAGAAAAUCUGGCAAGACAAGCUUUAAGCAAACUUCGUAGACACGACAACAAUGACGACGAAAUUAGUACCAUUAAAACAACAAUUAAAGCAAACGAAUCCCAAUGGGAGAACUUCAAGGGUAUAUUUGGGAAUAAAAGGAAUAGGAAAGGUUUGCUCAUCGCUGUUGGGUUGUAUGCUGGUCUGCAGUUUGGUGGAUUUAGUUUCACACUGAUGAACGUCGCUUACAUUUUUACUAAAACCAAAUCGCAGUACUUGAAGUCUUCUCUCGCCGAGAUUGUUUUUGCGGUACUCAUGAUAACAGGAAACGUUUUAUGUCUUCUGUGCUUAAACAAAAUAGGAAGAAAAAAUUUGUUGUUGUUGUCGUUGACAGUGUCGGGGUUGUUUUUACUGGGUGUUGGUGUAUAUUUUACUUUGAUGGACUCAGGACUAGAUCUAGCUUCUGUUGGUUGGGUUUCCACUCUUUGUAUCACGGCGUACGCUGUUAGCUUCCAGUUAGGGUUCGGUUCUUUGAUUGAACCCAUGUCAGCGGAACUGUUUUCGACUAAAAGUAGAGCGCUUGGUACCACCUUCACCAAUGCUGUAGACGCAGUUUUUGGAGUAUUGGCAAUAGUGUUGUGUAAUUUUUUAGUUGGUAAUUUCGGGCUUUCUGUAACUUAUUACCUUUUCGCCGGAGUGAGUUUUCUAACUAUAGUGUUUGUUGGGUUUUUUGUACCAGAAACAGAUGGAAAAUCGUUGCAAGAAAUAGAAGGGAUUUUUGAAACUUAA